AUGCCCGGGAAUGAGAAACCUCUGGCUGCUAUCAUAGAAGGAAGGUGGUAUGCUGUCGGGAAAAGUGGCAGACCAACUAUGGAAUUAACCAGAACCCAGAAGAGGAGGGUUCAAAGGCAAUACUGCAUGUUCCUCAAGAACAAAAGUGAUGCACAGGCACCUUCGGAGACCACUUCCGGCAGAAAAUGGAAAGAUCCUGAAAUACUUUCCCAGGCAGAACAAGUAAUCCAGCCACAGAAAAUGUUGAAAGCUGGAUCUCCAGUUAAGCCUUCUAUCCAUCUUGCUUCAUCCUCAGACAAUCAAUUUAAACCUUCACAGAUACAAGGAGAAUCUGAACCUAUUCCAAUAGAAGGGCCAGAAGACUGGACUGAGGGAAAUGAAGAGGAGCAGCUAAAUUAUGAGCCAUCUGCAGAUGACCAGAAUGCACUCCUCGAAACAGGAGAACAGGAAGACUGGACAGAAGGAUUCGGGGAGGAACACAUGGAAUAUGAUGGGGAAUUAGAUGCAGAAAUCGAAGCUUUUGGUGCAGAAUUGGAAAACCUGUUGCAGGGUGAUUUGGGCAUCAACAUGGUGUUCAUUCUGCCAGAAAAGUUCAGAGCUGUAGAAGGACAAGAAAGCACUCUGGAGAGGGAUGUUUUCUCCCAGGAAAGUUUCGAAUGCAGGUUGGCAGAGGCAGAAGAGAUACCAGAACAGCAAGCAGGCAAUCCCAGGACGGAAGGAACUGACAACAAGCUGGCUGCAAACCAGCUUUGCUUCUCCAAGCCAACCAAAAAGAUGGCAAACCACCUCAGACCCUUGUUUGUAACAGCAAACUUUGGGGGUGUUCUUAUUCCCAAAAUCAUGGUAGAUGGAGGUGCAGCCAUCAAUCUUCUGCCUCACAGAAUGCUGAGUAAAAUGGGCAGAACAGAGAAAGACUUGAUCCCAACACGCUUAACCGUCACCAACUUUGCAAGGGGCAUCACCAAAACUCAUGGGAUCCUAGAUGUGGAUGUCAUAGUUGGAAGCAAAAAGCUGAAGGUUGCAUUCUUUGUGGUAGACACCACUUCCACCACAUAUAAUGCACUACUUGGCAGGGACUGGAUUCACCAGAGUCUGUGUGUUCCCUCCACUUUUCACCAGCAAUUAGCUCUGUGGAAUGAAAAAGGUUACAUGGAGAUAGUAGAGGCCGAUCCACGACCAUUUCUGCAUUCUGCCAUGUGUUUUAAGGCAAGGUACUACCAUGAUGACCUUGGUCCUUUCACUUUCCUUGAAGUCAACCAGAACGGCUGUCCCUAUGGUGUCACGGCCCAGAGGCUCAUUGAAGAUAGUCUAGCUAGUUCCUUAGAAGACUGGAAUAGACAUUUUGUUCUAAACCUCCAGAACUUUUAUGUUUAG